AUGAAGCAGUCUAUCACCUUCAUCGCCGCGGCUUUUGGUGUGGCCUCAGCCAAUCCUCACCUGGCUGCUGCUCACUUGGCUAACCCUCAGUUCCGUCGGGCCUCUCCUACUGAGUGGGCUCCCGCUGGACCCGAUGACUUCCGUGGCCCAUGCCCCAUGAUGAAUACUUUGGCCAACCACGGCUUCAUCUCUCACGACGGCAAGAACCUGACAAAGGAUGUUGUGGUCAAAGGUCUCCAGGAUGGUCUCAACUUCGGCACCGAUCUUGGAACCCUGAUGUUCAACAUGGCCCUCAUUGCCAACCCGGAGCCCAAUGCCACAUUCUUCACCCUGGACCAACUUAAUGUUCAUAAUGUCCUGGAGCACGAUGCUAGCUUGAGUCGCACCGAUGCCGCCUUUGGCAACAACCAUGUAUUCAACCAAUCCGUCUUCGACGAGUCGAGAGCCUACUGGACAAAGGAUGUCCUCGAUGCCCAGCAGCUAGCCAACAGCAAGGUGGCGCGACAGGUCACGUCCAGGGCCUUCAACCCCAACUAUACUUUCACUGCUACCGUGGAAAACUUCAGUCUUGGCGAGGUUGCCGCCCCCAUCAUUGUCUUCGGCGAUAUGACCGCCGGUACCGUCAGCAAGGCACUUGUUGAAUACUUCUUCCAGAACGAGCGCCUUCCUGCUGAGUUGGGCUGGGUUAAGAAGACGAACGCCGUCACCCAAGAGGACAUCCUUAAGGUGGUCGAGAUGAUUAGAAACGCGACUGUGCUUACAACUGGUGGCGAGGCCCAAGCCCCCCAUAAGCGCAUACUCAGGGACUUGCAAACUGGCUUCAACCUUCUGUCCUAG